AAAAUUAUUAUCUAGCGAAAUAGUAACGUGUCCAAUGUGUUAAAACUGUUAAUAGAUGUUUACAAGUAAAAUAUUACUGUGAGAUUGAUCUUAUAUUUAAAGAAAUGCCACCGAAAAGAGGCAAAGUACAAAAGGAAGAAGUCCAAGUAUCACUUGGACCGCAACUUCGUGAGGGAGAGGUAGUUUUCGGAGUUGCCCAUAUUUUUGCCAGUUUCAACGAUACAUUUGUACAUGUUACCGAUUUGUCCGGCAGGGAAACAAUCGCGAGAGUUACAGGUGGUAUGAAGGUAAAAGCUGAUCGCGAUGAAGCCUCACCCUAUGCCGCUAUGUUGGCAGCUCAGGAUGUUGCAGAAAAAUGCAAAUCUCUAGGGAUUACAGCGUUGCAUAUCAAAUUGAGAGCUACGGGAGGUAACAAGACGAAAACUCCUGGUCCAGGUGCACAGUCUGCUUUGCGCGCUUUAGCUCGUUCAAGCAUGAAAAUCGGUCGUAUCGAAGACGUUACUCCUAUUCCAUCGGACUCAACCAGAAGAAAAGGAGGUCGUCGUGGACGCAGGCUAUAAGCUUAUUACAUGUACGACAUUGUUUUUAUUUUUCAGUAAAUAUUGAAAAAAAUUA